GUCUAGUAUAUGUAUAUGUGUGUGUUGAAUGUGAUGUAAAAUUUCUACAUUUACAUGCAAGUUCGAAUAAUGAAUACACGUGAGUCUGUUGUCAGCUGAUGCUCCAACUGAGCGUAAAUCGAACGGACGAAAUAGUUGUGAAAUAUUAGCCAUUAAAAUACGUAGAGGAUAUUGAAAAAGAAAGUCACGCUCGCCGUGUGAAUGCUCUAAUGGCGACGGAGGAGCAUAAACGCUUAGCUGAUACAGUGAAGGGAAUUCAUGCUCUGUUACGCGCCGAAUGUCAACAAUAUGGCGCCGAAGUUGCGUGGGAGCGCCAUAUGGCGCGAAAUGACGUUUUGCAGAAUUACGCUACGUCUAUGCAGAAAUUGGCCACUACGUAUUGGGCGGACAAUAAUUCAAAGAAUGGAACGUACUGCAGAAUGGAAUGGAUAAAAACCCAAUGCAAGGAAUACUUUCUCAACGGUGGCAAAGAGAAGUACGAUAAAAGGGAACAGGAUAUAAACGCAAAAAUGGCUCUAAAAAAAUCGGACGAUGAGAAUCGUACGUGCGAAGACGAUGACGUCCGUGUAAAAAAUCAAUUGGUAAAGUCUUACGAGCGGAGAAUAUCGAUACUGGACGUAGGAAGUUGUUACAAUCCUCUGAGCGUGGAGGAUGCGUUCGACGUCACUGCGAUAGAUUUAUUUCCCGCGAUAGGAGUUUUUCGCUGCGAUUUUCUAAAUGUCGCGAUCGGAAAAGAGAAAAUUCUCUCGCGGCAUGCGCGUGAGAUUCAUCAGCUACCCAUGAACUCGUUUCACGCCGUGGUGUUCUCCCUGUUACUUGAAUAUCUGCCGUGUCCGAAGCAAAGAUAUAUUUGCUGCAGGAAUGCAUAUGACGUCUUGAAGAUCGGCGGCCUGCUGAUCAUAGUCAGUCCGGACUCGAAACACGUCGGCGCGAACGCAAAGCUGAUGAAGUCUUGGAGAUAUACGCUGAGCAGAUUGGGAUUCAUGAGGAUCAAGUACGAGAAGCUGCGUCAUAUUCAUUGUCUAGCGUUUAGGAAAUGCGCGUGCAAGGAUGUGGCCGCACGAUGGUGCGAGCUGCAACGCUUUUCCGAGGACGACAAGAGAUACAUAUCCGAGACAGAGAUUUUUAUCCCGCAGGACUUUCAGACCGUUUGUCCCGAUGAGGGAAGACAAGAAAAAUUAGACGAAUACGAUGAAAGCGAUUUAGCGAGCAUCUUUUCUGAGUUACCGUUUGAUAAUGAAGCAUCAGUUUAAUCCUUCGCUGGGUCCGCUGCCUAAAAAUUAAAAAGCGUCAUCACAAACUUGUCAUUGGCUUGAUAUUAAAUAAAAUAUAUUUAUAAGAUAUAUUUUAUACACAAAAAAUAUAUGUCAUAAAAAUGAUUAUUAUUUAUCAUUGUGUAUAU